CUUGAGUCCUAAGUGGAGGCUCGAGACUCAGAAAAGAUGGCUAGAGUCCACUUGGCUCUCCAGGCACGGAAGGAAAGAUAGUGUAAGCUCCCUAGAAGCAAAGAUGGAAAUGGUCAUGAGCAGCCUGGGACCACCUGCUGUGAAUGUGCCACUGGUGUGAUAUUCCCUGAAGCCCAGCUGUGCUCUGGAAUGUUGACCUAGAUAUUUUGUGCACAAAGGUUGCAUUGCUUCUACAUCCCACACCUGUGUUGGCACAGGGACAGCCCCACCAACCUGGAAAUGCCUGUGCAUGAGUUCUGACUUGACAAGGGGGCUGCAGAUUUGCUUUCCCAUCCUUCUAAAUCAUUCCUCUCUCCAAAGGGCCUGUCUCCACUACCCUUGCUGCCUUUAAAGAUGCAAGCCUAGCUCAGCAGCAAUAUUAAUCGGAAAUGCUGCCAGAGUUUACUUGUGUGUGUAAAGUGCCAUCAAGUCACAGCCGCCUUUCAUGGGGCUUUCAAGGCAAGAGACUUUCAGAGAUGUUUUGCUAUUGCCUGUCUUUGAAAAACAACCCUGACCUUUCUUGGUGGUCUCCCAUCUAAGUACUAACCGGUGCUGACUCUGCUUAGCUUCCACAACCUGACAAGAUCAGACUACCCUGGGCCAUCCGGUGAACGCUUGAUCAAGGCAAUGGCAGACCGGCUGGCUGAAGAUGGCUGGAAGGAGCUUGGCUAUGAAUACAUAAACCUGGAUGACUGCUGGGAAGCUGAAGAAAGGGACUCUCAGGGCAGACUGCAAGCAGAUGCCGAGAGAUUUCCCAGUGGCAUUAAAGCUCUUGUGGAUUACGUUCAUUCCAAGGGACUGAAGUUCGGCAUCUACAGUGACAUGGGCAACCUCACCUGUGAGGGCUACCCAGGGACAACACUAGACGCCAUUGAGAUGGAUGCAAAGGUCUUUGCGGAGUGGGGAGUUGACAUGCUGAAGCUGGACGGCUGCUUCUCCAAUUCCUCUGUCAAGGCAGCUGGCUACCCAAAGAUGAGUGCAGCCUUGAACAAAACUGGACGGCCAAUUGCUUUCUCGUGCAGCUGGCCUGCCUAUGAAGGAGGCCUUCCACCAAAGGUGAAUUAUACUUUACUUGGUCAAAUCUGCAACCUCUGGAGGAAUUUCGGUGACAUUGAAGACUCCUGGAAUAGCCUUUCUCGCAUCAUUAAGUGGUACGGAGACCAUCAAGACACACUGCAACCUGUUGCCGGUCCAGGAAGGUGGAAUGAUCCCGACAUGCUGAUCGCUGGCAACUUUGGCCUGAGUUAUGAGCAGUCAAAAGUCCAGGUGGCUCUGUGGGCUAUCCUGGCAGCUCCCCUCUUCCUGUCCUGCAACUUGCAGUCCAUCUCAGCGGAGGCCAAGGACAUCUUGCAGAACCCGCUCUUGAUCUACAUCAACCAGGAUCCGCUCGGAAUUCAGGGCAGGCGUAUUGCCAAGAGCGGCCAAUUUGAAGUGUGGAAGAGACCUCUUACCAACCACCAGUAUGGAGUUGCGGUCCUGAACAACGGCACUGAUGGGAUGCCCAAGCCUUUUGCGACCAGCUUGAGGCUUCUGGGCAUUUUCGAUUGCCAGUUGGGCCACAAGGUCUACAAUGUACUGGACCGGACGUUCUUGGGGAACUACAUGAUCGAUGACACCAUCGCCUUCAAAGUGGCUCCGACAGGGGUGGUGUUCCUCUUCUUGAGGUCACUGUGCUAAUUCUUUUUUCCCCCUCGCCCCAAGGAGUUCCUUCCUUGAGGGAAGUCUGGAAUUGAUGUCCAAGUAGAAACCAGACUUUCCAAGCUCCUGCCUGGGAUGUUUUGGAGCAACUUAGAACUUCCCUCUGGGCAGUCUGGAUUUGGGUACAGGGAGAGUUUACAAAACUCCACCCAAAGGAGCAAGCAUCAGGAAACUGCCUUGUUGGGUUAAGAGAAGACCCCCAAAACAAAAACCAUCCUAGGCUCAGUGGAAAAGCUGGGCAAAGCAGAGACAGCACAGUUCCUACCAAACUUAGCACUUACAUCUGUGCAAGGAAGCAGCCAGUGUCCCAUGUGCUCCUUUCCAAACACAAGCCGCUAAAUGUGGGGCUUGGUUGUCAUGUCGGAAGUAGCCCUUAAGAGAGUGGGACAAACCUACCGCCGAUUUCUAAGCCACUCCAGGCAAUCCUCUUCCUCAUUAGGAUUGCCUAGCCAUUCACUGCUUUACCGUCCCCCUCCAGAUGCUUCUAAAUGUAAGCAAUAGUACUGGUUUAAAUUGUCCAGUUUGAUCCUCCCCCUGCCUGGACCUCUUGCCCAUUUUCUCAUGCGAGGAGGAGGAGGAGGCUGAGUUCUGGUCCCUUGCUUCUGUGCUACACCAGCUCAGCUGUCAGCCUUCCUCUCCUGGUGUCCUAUAUCGGCCACUCAGCACCCCAGCUUAUCUGCUCCUUCCAGUCCUCGGGCAGGGGAGCUGAAAUAAAUAGGCAAACCUGUCUGAUUGGAAAAUGGCUGCUCUGUACUUGCUUUCCAAAGUCUGCCCUUUUAAAUUCAAUCAAAGUUAUCCAUGCCUUGAUUUUUCAGCUGGUUCUGCCAACGUCCUAUUGCCCCCCGGGGAAAUGUCUUCUUUCGUGGCAGGGUUUUAACCAGCACCACUUUUCUUGAAAAAACCAGCAGUGGCCAUUUCAACACCCCUGGUCCUCUGCUGAGAAUUGUGGCUGAUGGGACUGGAUGGGUUAACGCCGCCCAGUCCUGUGAUUCCGUGAUCAGGUUCUUAAAGCAAUGGUCUCAUAUGCCUUUUAUAAUGUCCGAAGCAAUCAAUGGCGCAUAAGCUAUGCUGAAUAAACUCUAGUUUUGUA